AUGUUAAUCGGCCUGGAAACGCACGUGCCCGAGCACCGUCCGCUGCUGCCUCUCAAUGUCAAGACCGAGCACGCACCACACGCGCUGCUCGGCAUCUCGUGCGUGGCGCUCUCGGCCGUGUGCUUCAGCCUCAUGUCGACUCUGGUCAAGUAUAACACGUACACCAUGACGUCCAUCGAGGCGAUAUUCUGGCGCUCGAUUGUCGCUAUGGCUCUGAAUUACGUGUGCAUCUGGUCUACUGGCAAGACGCUGUACGUUGCCGAACGAGACCGCGCGAUGCUGUUUUACCGCUGUUUGGCUGGAUUUUCGUCCAUUUCGUUCGCGUUCUACGCCUUGUCGCAGAUGGUGCUCGCUGACAGCAGUGUCAUUGUCUUCACGUCUCCUGUCUUCACCUUUUUCCUUGGAGCGUGUUUGCUGCACGAACGCAUUGACGUUCCUAGCUUUGCAUGUGCACUGCUGUCGUUUGGAGGCCUAAUUUGUGUGAUUCGGCCGGGCUUUAUCUUUGGAUACGACCAUGCUACUGCUCAAAGUGAUGGCUCAUGGAUUGCCGUCGGAUCGGCUUUGCUUGGUGCCAUUGGUCAGGCGUUCGUAUUCAUUACCGUGCGAAAGCUAAAGGGCAUACACUUUUUGGUCAUCGUGCACUAUUUUAUGCUAUUUAGCAUGAUUGGAUCGCUUGCAUACAUGCUGCUGGUGCAGCGGGUAUUCGUCGUGCCAUCGAUUCUCGAUGCCUGGCUGGCUGUCAUCGGUAGCGGUGUGUUCACGUUCGCUGGCCAGCUACUCCUGACCAAAGGGUUUCAGCUUGAGAAGGCAGGCAUUGCCUCGGUGAUGCGUUACUUGGACGUGGUUUGUAUCUUUGUGUGGGACUACUUGUUGCUGAACGAAAAGAUCAACUACUGGAGCGUUGUAGGUGCUGCUAUCAUUUGCACGUGUGCUGCUGUGAUCGCAUUGCGCAAGGUACACUCAAGCUAG